GUAAUUAUAUUAUUUUUGGUCGCCAUUGUAUUUCUCCCGAAACGUGAAACAAGAAACACAGGAGAAGAAUAAGUAACCAUGUCAGACUUCAUGGACGAUGAAGCCAGUGUUAGCAGUGGAAGUGAAGAUGCCAGUGACGAUGAACAGAAGAAGCCUGACAAAAAGAAGAAAAGCAAAAAACAAGCCAUAAAUUCUGAUAGCGAAGACAGCGAUGAAGAAGAAGAGGAGGAAGAUGAUGAGGCAGAGGAUGAUGAUGAUAAAAUACGAGAAGAAAUGAAGGAUCUUAUCAAUGAUGAGGAAGAGGAGGAGGAAGGACCUGCCAGUGAGGAUGAGAAAAAGGAGGAUUCAGAUAUUGAUGACCAGUUGGAGGAGGAUGAUUAUGACUUGAUUGAGGAAAACUUGGGAAUUAAAGUGCAAAGAAAACGCAAGCACACCCGAAUCAGAGUGCUGUCAGAUGAUGAAGACAGCGACAAAGAUGAUGAACCAGAGGCCAAGAAGGGCAAAGAGACAAUAGCUAACCAGAUUUUUGAGGGGGAUGAUGAUGACUUACCUGAUACUCAGAUGGAGGAAACCUCACAACAGGAACCAGAAGAGAAGUUUGGGGAGUUAGAAGAAUCUGAGGAAGAGUCAGAUGUUGAUGACUUCAUUGUUGACGAUGAAGGGCAGCCCAUAAGUAAAACUAAAAAGAAAAAGCAUAUUAUCCACACUGACAGUGCUCUCCAAGAGGCCCAGGAUAUCUUUGGUGUAGAUUUUGACUUUGCAGAUUUUGAUCAAUAUGGUAGUGAAUAUGAAGAAGAUGAACUUGAGGAAGAGUACGAAGAAGAGAUGGAAGGGGAAGAAGGUACUGUCAAACCGAAGAAAAAGACCUCCAAGAAAAGGGCCAAAAAGAGUAUAUUUGAGGUAUACGAGCCCAGUGAGCUGGAGAAAGCACAUUUAACAGAUGUGGACAAUGAAAUCAGGACCACAGAUAUGCCUGAGAGAUUUCAAUUACGUGGCAUCCCUGUCCUCCCCACAGAAGAGGGUGAGCUAGAAGAGGAAGCUGAGUGGAUCUACAAACAUGCUUUCUGCACACAACCUCUGUCCUCACAGGAUCAGGAUGGUGGGGAAGGCCAGUCAUACUACAACCGUAAAGGACCCAGCACUGUGGUCAAAAUUAAAGAAGCUCUACACUUCAUGAGGAAUGACCAGCUUGAGGUUCCCUUCAUUGCCUUCUACAGAAAAGAAUAUGUCAACCCAGAACUUAACAUAAAAGACUUGUGGAAAGUAUGGCAGUGGGAUGAAAAGUGGACUCAGCUGAGGUCAAGAAAGAAGAAUUUAGUCAGAUUGUUUGAGAAAAUGCAGCAGUAUCAGUUUGAGCUGAUUGACCCAGAGAAGCCUUUGCCUUCACACUUCAGGUCACUCACAUCAGAUGAUAUUGAAAGGGCCAAAAACAUUCAAAGUAUGGAGGAAUACAAGGAUGUUUAUCAACAUUUCCUGCUGUACUAUGGAGCAGACAUUCCAAAGAUGAAAAAUGCAGAGAAAAAGAAAAAGAAAACUAAACCAGUAAAAGAGAAGGAACCAGAGAAGGAUGUUGAAGUGGAGGGGGAUGGAGAGAAGGAGGAGGGGGAGACGGAAGAGGGGGAGGAGGAAAAGAAAGCUAAAGAACCAGAAGAAGAGGAGGAAGAAGAAGAAGACAAUACAGUUCACUUAAAACAGGCCACAAGAAAGACGGGGUAUACAUUAUGCUGUGAAAAUGGGCUAGCUGAGGUUGCUUGCAAAUUUGGAUUAACCCCAGAGCAGUUUGGUGAGAACUUGCGUGAUAACUACCAGAGACAUGAAGUGGAGCAGUACCCCUUGAAACCACUGGAUGUGGCCAAAGAUUUUAUUGUAGGUGUGUUUAAUACAGAAGAAGAUGUGUUGAAGGGAGCCAGACAUGUGGUGGCCAUGCAGAUAGCUCAUGACCCCCUGGUCAGAGAGGUGGUCAGGGAGACUUUCUUUGAGAGAGCCACCAUUGAUUGCAGACCCACUAAGAAAGGCAUCAAGAUGAUUGAUGAAGCCCAUCCAUGUUACACUUGCAAGUACCUGAGACACAAACCAACAUCUGAUCUUCAGAAUGAGCAGUUUCUCAAGAUGGUCAUGGCUGAAGAGGAUCAGUUACUGACUAUGGACAUAGGACUCCAUGACAAAGAUGCCUACUUUGAUGAUAUCAAACAGCUGUUUUAUAGGGAUGAGUUCAGUUCACUAGUUCAGGAGUGGAACAACCAGCGCAGCUUGGCACUGGAGAGGGCACUGAAGGUGAUUCUGUUCCCUCAGAUGGCCAAGGAACUCAAGACUAAGCUCAUACAAGAAGCAAAGGAUGGUGUUGUUCAGAGUUGUGCCCGCAAACUGUACAACUGGCUGAAGGUGGCCCCUUACCAGACAGACCAGCCCGACCUGGAUGACGAUGAUGAUGAUUACUCCAAAGGACUGCGUGUACUGGGGAUAGGCUUUGCUCCAGACAGGGAGACAGCAGCAUUUGGAGCCCUAAUUGAUGGGGACGGGGAAGUCACUGAGUACAUCAGGCUGCCACAUUUGCUUAAGAUGAAAGGAGGGUUUAGAGAAAUGGACAGCAAACAGAAGAGAGAAGAUCUUGAAAAGUUAAAGGAUUUUAUUUCCACCAAGAAGCCUCAUGUUAUAGCUGUGGCUGCUGAUUCAUUACCUGCCAAGAAUAUCAUAGAAGACUUACAGGAGCUGGUGACAGAGCUGGAACAGGAGCAGCAGAUGGCACCCAUCAAUGUAGAACUGGUGGAUAAUGAGCUGGCUCUCAUUUAUGAGUGCUGCAAUAAAGCUGAGUCUGAUUUCCGGGAUUAUCCUCCACUACUGAGGCAGGCCAUCUCUGUGGCUAGGAGACUGCAGGACCCUCUCAUAGAAUUUGCACAGAUGUUUAAUACAGAUGAGGACAUCUUGUGUCUGAAAUAUCAUCCUUUGCAGGACCAAGUGAGCAAAGAUGAUCUGCUGAAUGCCCUGAACCUGGAGUUUGUGAACAGAGUGAAUGAAGUGGGGGUGGAUGUGAACAGAGCAGUGGCACACUCCCACACAUCACAUCUAGUACAGUUUGUUUGUGGCCUGGGGCCAAGAAAGGGGGCAUAUCUACUGAAGAUUUUGAAGCAGAACAAUGCUCGUUUGGAGAACAGAACUCAGUUGGUCACCCUGUGCCACAUGGGGCCCAAAGUGUUCAUUAACUGUGCUGGGUUUAUCAAAAUAGACACUAACUCUCUUGGAGACAGCACUGAUGCCUAUGUGGAGGUCCUUGAUGGCUCUCGUGUCCACCCAGAGACCUAUGACUGGGCAAGGAAGAUGGCUGUUGAUGCCCUGGAGUAUGAUGACACAGCAGAGGAUGCUAACCCUGCAGGUGCCCUGGAGGAGAUCCUGGAGAGCCCUGAGAGGCUCAAAGACCUGGAUCUGGAUGCCUUUGCUGAGGAACUGGAGAGACAGAACUAUGGUAACAAGCACAUCACCCUGUAUGACAUCAGAGCUGAGCUGAAUCACAGAUACAAAGACCUGAGAACACCUUACAGACCACCUUCAGAGGAGGAACGGUUUAAUAUGCUCACUAAAGAAACCCCACAGACUUUCUACAUUGGCAAGCUGAUAAUGUGCAGAGUUAAUGGGUUUGCGUUCAGAAAGCCUCACGGGGAUCAGUUAGACCAGGCUAACCCAGUAAGGAAUGAUGAGACUGGACUGUGGCAGUGCCCAUUCUGUAUGACAAAUGAUUUUCCAGAAUUGAGUGAGGUUUGGAGUCACUUUGAUGCGGGCAGCUGUCCAGGCACUGUGGUUGGGGUCAAGGUCAGGCUGGACAAUGGCUGUAGAGGGUUCCUGCCCAACAGAAACAUUAGUGAUAAACAUGUUACAAAUCCUGAGGAAAGAGUCAAGAAUGGGAUGAUCCUACACAGCCGUAUCACUAAGAUUAACAUUGAGAGGUUUGAGGUGGAGGUCACCUGUAGGACAUCAGACUUAGUGGACAAAGAGGGAACAUGGAGGCCUGCCAAGGACCGUUAUUAUGAUAUUGAGUUGGAAGAAGCAGAUAUGAAGAAAGAAGAUGAUAAGAAAAAGCUUCAGGCCAGGCAAACUUACAUCAAAAGAGUCAUAGUUCAUCCAUCGUUUCACAACAUUGACUUUAGAACAUGUGAGAAACUGAUGGCUAACAUGGACCAAGGAGAGGUCAUCAUAAGGCCAAGUAGUAAGGGUGCAGACCACUUGACUGUGACGUGGAAAGUUACAGAAGGUGUUUACUCUCACAUAGAUGUCAAAGAAGAUGGCAAAGAGAACGCUUUCAGUCUGGGACAGUCCUUACUCAUAGGCAAUGAUGAAUUUGAAGAUCUGGAUGAAAUUAUAGCUCGACAUAUUCAACCCAUGGCAGCUUUUGCUAGAGACAUCAUAAACUUCAAGUAUUACAAAGAGGUUGAAGGUGGAAAGAGGGAAAAUAUUGAAAAGAUUCUUAUUGAGGAGAAGAAAAAGGGACCUUCAAAGAUCCCAUACUACUUCAGUGUGGCCAAGGAAUUACCUGGGAAGUUUAUGCUAUCCUACCUGCCUAGGACCAAACCUAAGCAUGAGUUUGUCACUGUGACACCAGAUGGCAUGAGGUACAGGGGCCAGGUGUUCCAUUCACUCAACUCUCUUAUUAAAUGGUUCAAAGAACACUUCAGGGAUCCACCACCAGGCACUCCAGCAUCUACGAGAACUCCACUUGGUCUGGCAGCUACACCAAGUAUUAACCUGCAUGGUGUGGAUGCAGCCACCCUGAGGCAGGCGGCCGCAGGACUGCCCAGUAACAUAUACAGCACCCUGGCCCAGGUAGCAGGUGCCACCCCCAGGGCCACACCCCAGAUAGGAUCCACCCCACAGUCCUACCAGACUGCCAGGAACUUUGCAGGGGGAUAUAGUGGAGGCUAUAACCUGCAACCAACAGCUACUCCACUGUUGACACCCAUGAUGACUCCAUCAUACCACACAAGUCAGGGUCUGGGGACCACACCCCUAUACCAGCCAACCCCUAGGACAUCCAACUGGCCUGGGAAUACCCCACGGCAACAGGCCAGUGCCACCACUCCCAGGGUCCACCCUGCUACCACACCCAGGCAGCAGCCAGGGUUAACCCCCAGGCAACAACCUGGCAUCACCCCUCGCCAGCAACCAGGGUUAACACCCAGACAAUCUGGCAUGACACCCAGGCACUCACACUCACAUACAAGUACCACACCCAGGCAAUCUGGUGCCACGCCCACUAGAACCCAUGGGUCAUCAUCUGGGUCCACCCCCAGUGGUAGGACACCCACUCACUCCAGUCGCUCUAGCAGCAAGGCUGCCACUGUGACUGACUGGGCCAAGGCAGCAGAGAUGUGGGCUAAGAAACGUGCCAACCAGGGCUACAAGACACCCCAGUCUGAUGUAGGUAGUACCACACCUGCUGGGGACUCUACACCACUUAUUGAUGAAAGGUGAUCAGCUGCCAGGUAUGAAACUGGGAGAUAUUUCAGCUGGCUUGCUGAUUCCACAGGCAUAAUUAAUGGAAUAGGAGGUUUUAUAAGACAUGCAUUAGAGGAUUGGUGUCAAAGGCAGAGGAUCAAUAUAAUAGCAUUAACUGGAGGAGCUCCCAAGGAGUGCUAUUAGUUGAAACUAACUGUUAGAUGUAUUUCUUUUUUUCAAAGGAACAAAACAAAAUCAAAGUUAUGAUUUAUGGCUAUUCAGUUGUUUCAAGAGAGCUAUUUUGUAUGCAUUCAAUGAACUUUUUUUGCAUUUUUUUAAAAAUAUAAAUACUUAAAAGUUGAUGUGAAUGCAGACUGCUAUGUAUUUUAUGUAGAGUAAAAAAGAAAAGAUAAAACAUCCAAUGAUGAUUUGAUUCACAUUUUGCUACAUUUUUGUAGUUAUGAAAUAAUUUUUUAAAUAUUUGUACAGUCAGUUUGAUAUUGAGGAAUGAUAAUGUGGAAACUGCAGAAAACAAAUGAUGUAAAAAUUGAGAUGAGCUUUGCGAAAAUACAAAAACUACAAAAUGUCAUCAGUCUCAAGGCUUUCCUCCAAUAAGUGUGAAAAAGCUAUUGUUAUCAUGACACUAUUUGAAGAAAAUGACAACUUUGAACUUCAAACCAAAUAUAGUUUCGGCAUCUAGAUAUUAACUUGAAUAUCAAUACCAAGAUUUAAUGCUAAAUAAAUACAUUGGUAGAUAUUUA